AUGGACAAAUUACCAGCGUUCGGUCGUGAUGUAGUUGGUUCGGCAUCAGUGACCUUUCAGGCAUUUGGUGAUCUCUUGCGACGACCGGAACGUUUGACAUUGCUGAAUAGCAUCCCAAGAGAGGUGCACUGCUAUGGUGCUCAUGAGCGUCAAACCCUCGAUUUCUAUCGCUCUUCUUCGAGCCCGGGUCAAGCCGGCCCAAUUUUUGUUUUUCUCCAUGGUGGCGCAAAUAUCAGUGGUGGAAGUAUUGCGCCCGAGAUCCCCGGCGAAGUAGUGUACAAAGGUCUGGCAUACUUCCUGACACAAGACAUGGGCUACGACGCCGUCAUCAUGAACUAUCGCCUCCUACAGCACGGUGCCGUGUUCAACAGCGGUGGACAAGAUCUCGACCUCGUGAUCAGAUGGAUUGAGGAAAAUCUCUCCACCAAAAGUGACAAACAGCGGGAAUUGAUCAUCAUGGGCAACUCGGCUGGUGGCUCGCAUUUAGCUUCGUGGCUCUUUGACGAGCUAUUCACAAGCUCAACGCAGAGAGUCACUGAGCCUUCGGCAAAGCUCUAUCUCAAAAAGGCGAUUGUUCUGAGUGCUACAAUGCUCGCGGAUCCGGACAACACGUUCGUGGCGCCCAUGGUGCCCAAUUUAUUGAGAUAUUACACGACUCGCGAAAACAUCGUCCACAACGCACCGUUGAAUUUGAUGCGCAGGAAGUAUGGUAACCACUCCCAAGAUGGUGGCGAAACAACCUUACGCCGUCCAAAGCUACUACUCAUCGCCACUGAAUAUGAUCCUGUCUUGCUCAUAGAGACGGAGAAGCAAUUGACGACGGAAUGGAAGGAGCUUGGUGGUCAAGCGGAAUACUGGGAGCUUCCAGGCCAUAAUCAUCUCAGUCCACCACUCGCCCUAGGCACAGGUGACAAGGCUGCGGAAGCCUGGGGAUUUGAGCUUGCCAAAAGACUCUCUGAGGAUCAAUCAUAA